GAAAAAAGAUAAAUAUGAGACAUUAGAAGUAGGCAACGGUUUAGCCCUGCGUCUCAAUAAACACCGCCAAUGGCAGACGGAGGGUACGACGGCGACUUCUACCUGCGAUACUACGUCGGUCACAAAGGCAAAUUCGGCCAUGAAUUCUUGGAAUUUGAGUUCCGACCCGACGGCAAGCUCCGAUAUGCCAACAAUUCCAACUACAAGAACGACACUAUGAUUCGCAAAGAGAUCUUCCUCACCCCUGCCGUACUCAAGGAGUGCCGCCGUAUCGUCGCUGAUUCAGAAAUAACGAAGGAAGAUGAUAUCAAUUGGCCGGAGCCAGAUCGUGUUGGGAGGCAGGAGCUGGAGAUUGUUAUGGGGAAUGAGCAUAUUUCUUUUACGACUUCGAAGAUUGGUUCGCUUAUGGAUGUUCAGACGAGUAAAGAUCCUGAGGGCUUGCGCAUUUUUUACUAUCUGGUUCAGGAUCUGAAAUGUUUGGUAUUCUCUUUAAUCUCACUACACUUCAAGAUCAAACCCAUAUGAGGAGGGUAAUGGUGCUACAGAGUUAUUAAUGCUGUGAUCUGAACUUUUACCUUCUCUUUUGGACAUCAUUUUCCAGUUCUUGAAUUGUUUGUGAUUUGGUUUGAGGAGGUUGUGAGAAAGCUGAUUUGACUGCUGUUAUAUUCUGAAUCGACCACUGGAACUAUACUUCACAAAUACUUAUCUCUGUUUCUGAAAAGGACGCAUAGGUUUGGCAUUCAAUGUGUCAAGUCUGUCAGCCCAGUGCCAAUGUCGAUUACAGUAAUUUUCUUGGAGUUAAUUGACUUGUUUUCAUGUAUUCCAAGCUGAAAAACUUGCAUGCUUUUAGCAUCACGGACAUGCCGUUGUUAUUGAUUGCCUUGUUUCAAAUUUAUCGUCCCUAUUGUUCUUGAA